UUUCCAUGUUGUAAAAAGCUUAAAGAUACGUCCAAAAACCAUGUAUCAUCAUCCUUUCUUUUCUUACUUUUACUACAACCCCUCCUUCCUACUCCUUCAUCUUCAUCUUUCUCUCUCAACAUUACCAAAGCUUAUUACUUGGGACCAGCAAAUACAAAAACAAUAGUAGACAACAGAGAGGUUGCAAAACCCAAAAACCUUAAUUAAUUAAAUAUAUAUGCUUAAAAGAGAAACCAACAAAGAGAGAGAGAGAAGUAGAAAGAAUAGGUCUUCCUCUUCUUGUGGUGGUUAAGCAGUGUUGUAGUGUUGCUAAACCAAGUCGAGACUCUGAGUUCGGAAUUGUAGUGUUUCUUUCUGGGAUAAUAAGAAAAGUCUUAAAAUUUUAUAAAGAAAGUUGAUAGAAUAAGUGAGAGAGAUUAACUAUAAAAGCUUUAAUUGUCUUGAGAGAGAAAGAGAAAUGGUGGGCUCAGGAGCAUCAGAUAGAAGCAAAGAAGCUGUUGGGAUGAUGGCCCUUCAUGAGGCCCUUAGAACCGUCUGUCUCAACACAGAGUGGACUUACUCUGUCUUCUGGACCAUCCGUCCUCGCCCGAGAGUCAGAGGUGGCAAUGGGUGCAAGGUUGGAGACGACAACGGCAGCUUGAUGUUGAUGUGGGAAGAUGGAUUUUGCCGAGGAAGUUUGGAAGAGAUUGAAGGAGAGGAUCUGGUGAGGAAAGCCUUCAGCAAGAUGUCCAUACAGUUGUAUAAUUAUGGAGAAGGGCUGAUGGGCAAAGUUGCAUCUGAUAAGUGUCACAAAUGGGUCUUCAAAGAACCAACUGAAUGUGAACCUAAUAUCUCCAACUACUGGCAAAGCUCUUUUGAUGCUCUGCCCACUGAAUGGACUGAUCAGUUUGAGUCAGGGAUUCAGACUAUAGCUGUGAUUCAAGCUGGUCAUGGUCUUCUGCAGUUGGGCUCCUGCAAGAUUGUACCUGAAGACCUUCAUUUUGUGCUGAGAAUGAGGCAUACCUUUGAAUCACUGGGCUACCAAUCUGGUUUUUAUCUCUCCCAAUUGUUUUCUUCAAGUAGAAGCUCAUCCUCUUCCAUUCCCAUUCCUUCAAAACAAUCCCCCAUACCAAUAAGACCACCUCCACCACUCUUUAACUGGGCACAAAGGCCACUCCCAUCCCCCACUUCUAUGAUUCCUUCACCUAAUUACCAUAACUCUCCAGCAAGACUAGGCUUUCCCCAAGCCAAAGAUGAGACACAUAUGUUCCUGCAUCCUCAUUCAUCAUCUGAAACAACCCGAAUGGAAGACAUGAUGGGAGGUAUAGCAGGAGGAGGAGUCAGAGGCAGAGAUCAGCAUGAAAAUGACAUCAAAUGGCCCAAUGGUUUGUCCUUCUUUAAUGCACUCACUGGAAAAAGUGAUGAUGCAAAGCUUCUGUUCAACACUGACAACUUGGGAAACAAACAAGAGAACCAAAACAACCACCCCAAUUCAGAUAAUGCUUGUCAUGGAAAUUCAAACGAGUUAUUGAGUUUAGAUAGCCACUCAGCUGAGGAUGGCAGAAAGACCAAUAGCAUGGAAAAUAAGUUCAAGAGGAGCUUUACUUUGCCUGUAAGAAUGGCUGCAUCGUCUUCAUCCACCUCGGUCGAUCAUCAUCAUCUUAAUCACCACCAACAAGUGGAGUAUAGGAAUUCUGAGCAAGGGGGUAUGUACACUGAUGCCAUGGAUACCUUCUUGGAUUGAUCAUCACAAUGGUCCUAGGCAAACAUUUUCAGUUCCCUUGCAACUCAAUAGUCUCCUUUGCUUGUUUUCAUGCUCUUUCUAUUAUGUGUUUGUUUUAUUUGCUUUGUUGAUUAGCUGUAGUGUUGUAGUUUUUUCAAUAUAGACAAAACAAUUCUUCUUUUUGUGAUUUACUCCCCACCUGUUUGAACUUGACAAAAUUGAAUACAGUGCAAGAAGCAGAGUUGAUUGAA